CUUCAGUCUCACUCAAUCCUCAGCAAGCCUUGUUAUCAAUCACCUCAUCUAUAUAGAACCAGUCUAUUCUCACUUCCUCAAUCAUGAAAAAUCCAAAUGGACCUAUGGACUCUUCCAACCAACCUAACUUGAAGUCCAACCGUGGGUCUUUAUCCCUUACCCCCAUUCUAACCUAUGCAGCUGUGGUUUCUGCUUCCAGUCAAAAGGCAUCCUCCAAAUUUGCCUGCUCUCCUGUACGAUCCAUCAAGAAAAGCCCAGAGAAAGUGACCGAGACUCGGGCCCCUACAUCCGCUGGAGCAAUCAACAAUGGCUCUGCAGCUAAACCAACCUUUGCAGCUGUUCUCACUGCUUCUCCACAAGUUGCCAGGUUGAAAGAAAAGCAAUCAGUCUCUCGUCGCCAGGGCCUCUCUGGCUCGUCAUCUUUGCCAAAGGUUCCUGAUAUUGCUGGGCCUCCAACAAACAAUUCAGCUAUUCAUCAUAGUGCCUAUGUUGAAGAGUGUGAUGCAGCCAGCUCGGAAUUGACUAGCUUGAGCAGUCGUGACAAGGAUUUGACUAGUAUUGAUGAGAUUACCAAGAAGACCACCAAAACACAAUCCAAUCAAUCUUCAUCUCUCUCAAGUUUGUCUUGUGGAAACACGGAUACUGAAAACCCUACAUCCAUGGUAUCUAAGAAACCCAAAAAGCGAAGGCGCAAAGAAGCAGCGAAUCUGACACCCCAUCAGCGACAGAAAAGGGAUAAGAACAAGAGUAGCAGAAGAAGGGCUAAAAGGUUGAAGGAUAGUCUUGAUUUCUUCACUUCAGCAGCACCCCCACCUGGUGCCCAGAUUAUUACUAGGAAGAUGAAGCCUAUCGAUCUCUUUCCGGCCAUAAGCGAGGAAUUUCAUGAUAAACUCAUCGAAUAUAACCAUCGAUUGGCUGAACAUAAGAAGGACCCACGGAAUGAUUUGGAUUUCCUAUACCUCUUUCUACAUCAAUGCAAGGAAUUCAUCUCACCGGUUGCUUCCAAAUCACAAAAAUGUGGCGGUAUAAUGUGGGCUGUGGGCUGGCGGAAAGGUUAUAAGGAAUUGGAGAUUCUGGGUCGAUAUCGUGAUCAAGCUGCUAUCGAUAAGAAUCCCAACGGUUUCAAGAAUCUCAUGUCGGGUUCAAAUCGAGCUGGAAAGAUACUCUGGAAUACAUUCCAUAGUUUUGGAGAUGUAGCGGUAGAGAAAAAUCAAGCCUACAUGAAACGCUUCAACAUACCUUCAAUUGCCGAUAAUAAUUUCCCAGAGAAUCCAAAUGAUAAAUCACCUUUUGGCUAG